CGUUCGAACAAAAAUGUCAAAUAAGAAGCUUCGAAGAGCUGGGUUAUCAAAAGAUAUAACAGAAAGAUUAGCUGUUAACAACGUGUUCACAUGCAAGGAUUUCUUGUCAAAAAACAAUUUGGAACUUCUGAAACUACUUGGAUUGGGAUAUUACAGUUUACAAAAGGUGGUAAAGACUUGUUGUAAAGCUUGUGUUCCAGAACCAGUUACUGCAUUAGAGCUUCUAGAGAGAAGAAAAUCAAAGAAUUUUUUCAAGACAACUUUACUAGACCUGGACAAAGUUUUACAUGGUGGUAUUCCUAUGGGUACUGUGACCGAGAUAGCAGGACCUUCAGGCUGUGGUAAAACCCAGUUCUGUGUGAUGUUAAGUGUAGUAGCCACACUUCCUGCCAAUAUUGGAGGUCUAGAUGGUUGUGUGAUGUACAUAGAUACUGAGUCUGCAUUCUCAGCUGAAAGGCUGGUUCAGGUAGCACAGUGUAAAUACCCAGAAUACUUCAGCCAGGAAGACAGCCUACUACAGCUUACAAGGAGUAUAUUUGUUGAUGUUCAACAGACAUGUUCUUCUCUUAUUAAAAGACUGACAUCAUUAGAAGAGGAGAUAAUAUCAAAAAAAAUAAAAUUGAUUGUGGUAGAUUCUAUUGCAUCAUUGGUUAGAAAGGAAUACAGUGGGAGUGGCGGAAAAAGUUUGAUUGACAGAACCAACUUCCUGUCACAGCAGGCAGCCAUCUUGAAAUAUCUGGCAGAAGUUUUUUGUAUUCCUAUUGUGGUAACCAAUCAGAUUACAACAAGAUUUGGACAGAAUCCUACACCUUCUGAUUUGGAGGAGGGAGGAGAAAUUGUACCAGAAACAGACAGUGGAUAUGUGACGGCAGCCUUAGGGAAUACCUGGAGCCAUAAUGUUAACACAAGGUUGAUUUUACAAUACCUUGAAGGACAAAAAAGACAAGUUUUGGUAGCUAAAUCACCAGUGGCACCUUUUACUUCAUUUACCUACACAAUACAAGAUACAGGUAUUGUUCAAGAAGUUGAUGGAGCUGGUCAUUACCAUGGAACAGAUCCAGGGAUACAGAAUAUUAGAGUCCGAUCAUCUUUACCGCUAGAGUAUGCCACUAAGAAAUGAUAC